CGUGGUGACGGAUGCGGGGGCGGGGUCUUCCCUGCCAUCCUCCCUAGUGUAGACGGGGCUCCCGGGCAGCGCCGCCUGGCCUGGCGCCCUGUCCCUCGGCGGAGCUCUGCGCUCCUUGCGGGCCAGGAAACUUUCUCCGUUCGCCAGGCAGGUGGAGGGGGGUUUUCAUAGCGAGAGACUUCAAGCGUCUGGUGACGAUGGAGCCCGACCUGCAUUGGUGUACCGACCGCCAGGCCUUCCCAACCCGGAGGAACUGGGCUGGCUGCGAGAUGAUCCUGUUGGUGCUGAGCAAGAGGGUGAUGAACGUGUCCUCGUCGCUGCGAAGGUUCCCUUGCUAUCCUUUUUUAAAGACCUUUUUCGAAAGCUUCCACUCGAGUUCCAUGUCUGGUUCAAUUUUUCCAUAUGCCAAACCUUUUAAUUCCGUGUUCCGGUAUUGCACAAAGUGGGUAUUGUCAUCCGGUGGUUUGAAGAAAGGGAUGCAUUACCAAGUGACCUUGGAAUCGCAGACCCAAGGACUUUCCGACAAGGAACAAAGACUUGUAGACAAACUUUACAGUGGAUUAAUCCAAGGGCAUAGAGCUUGCUUGGCGGAGGCCAUUACCCUUGUAGAGUCAACUCACAGCAGGAAAAAGGAGCUAGCUCAAGUGCUCCUUCAGAAGGUACUAUCCUACCAAAGAGAACAAGAGCAGUUAAAUAAAGGAAAACCACUAGCCUUUAGAGUGGGAUUGUCUGGUCCCCCUGGUGCUGGAAAAUCGACAUUCAUAGAAUGUUUUGGAAAAAUGCUUACCGAAAGAGGACACACAGUAUCUGUGCUGGCUGUGGACCCUUCCUCCAGUACAAGUGGCGGGUCGCUCUUGGGCGAUAAGACACGGAUGACUGAAUUGUCAAGGGAUGCGAAUGCUUACAUCAGGCCAUCUCCAACCCGGGGAACUUUAGGAGGUGUGACACGAACCACAAAUGAAGCUAUUCUGUUAUGUGAGGGAGGAGGCUAUGACAUCAUUCUUGUGGAAACAGUAGGUGUAGGGCAAUCAGAGUUUGCUGUUGCUGAUAUGGUUGAUAUGUUUGUAUUGCUGCUACCACCAGCAGGAGGAGAUGAAUUGCAGGGCAUCAAAAGGGGUAUCAUUGAGAUGGCAGAUCUAGUUGUUGUAACUAAAGCUGAUGGUGAUUUAGUUGUACCUGCACGGAGAAUACAAGCAGAGUACGUUAGUGCUCUGAAACUACUUCGCAAGCGCUCGGAGGUUUGGAAGCCAAAGGUAAUGCGCAUCUCUGCCAAAACUGGAGAAGGCAUCUCAGACAUGUGGGAUAAGAUGACAGAAUUUCGUGACCUCGUGCUUAUGAGCGGUGAGUUGCUCACCAAACGAAGGAAACAGCAGAAAGUGUGGAUGUGGAAUCUAAUCCAAGAGAACAUGUUGGACCAUUUCCGGAGUCACUUGGCAGUCAAAGAUAAGAUUCCAGUUUUAGAAGAAAAGGUUCUGAGUGGUGUCCUGUCUCCAGGGCUGGCAGCAGAUGUACUGCUGAAAGCAUUCAAAGACAAACUUGUUUGUGAUAACUCAGCUUCAUUGUCUGUCUGUCUGCCGUGGAUAAACUCUGAUAAAGUCCUGCAUGUGCCAAAGGCAAACUGUCUGAAUCCUGAGGUUACUUAGAAAAUUCAAAAUAUAUUCAGCAUUGAGAAAUGCGUCCAAACAUGUUCUGUGGUUCUACAAAGCCACAUCAGGCAGCUCCGAACUGGACAAAUUAUGUGCAACGAAAGGCCAGGAGAACUAUUGAGGAAAUAUGAACCAUGCUGCAGGGAAAAACGAGAAGAAGCAGACCAGACCACAGAAGGUGGUCAUGCAGCCAUCAUGAACAGCUGCAAUGAAGGGACUGAGACAAUCUCUCCUUAAACAUAACUGAUUAUGCUACUUUCAGAGCAUCAGAAGCAGAAGUACCCUUUGUCCAUACAGACUGAUGGACAAGUGUGAUAAAUCAUCCUCAGGUUCAUAAAAACAGGCUGGUGGGAGGUGCCUAAAGGUUCGUAUAUAUAAGAAUAAAAGCAGAAUUUUUCCAGAUGAUUUGAAGUUUAGCUGUCUUGAUCUGCACCAAAGAUUGCAAUGUGCAAGAUCAUUUAUUAGAUUAACGUUGGUAUAUUAAGGAUACUUACAUGGAACCAAUAAUGGUUACUUUAUCAGUGUGUCAGUAUUCUGCUCUAACUUCAUUUUAAAGUCAAGCUUCUAUUAUUUUGAUAACCAUGACUCUGACCAAUAUGACUCUUGUUAAUUUGUGUCUGACCUUGGACCAACAUCGACGUUUCUUUCCUCUUCAUAUCUCCUGUAGAUUUAAAUGUCUUAAUUACAUUAGCCUUUUAUUAAACAAAUGUUGAUCUUUACAAGAUGUUGACAAGGCAUAUGCACUGCAUUGUAUGAAAGAAAAUUCCACUUGUAUGUGGAGACUAGACACACAGCUUAGGUCUAUGGACUCCACACCAGGGACCAUGUGUCUAAAUCUUAGGCACUGCAACACCCAAAUCCUUUUGUGCCUCAAGUCCUAAGGUACCAUUCAGUCUGAAUAAGGAUGGUAAAAUCUGGAUGGAUAGCAGAAUUUCAUAGAUUUUAAGAUGAGAAGGAACCAUUAUGAUAACUUACGUUGAUCUAAUCUUCCUCUCACUCGCACUGUUUCCUUAUAGUUUACCCAUAACCAAUUAUACAUAAUUGUUCACACUUCCACACAGAUAUAGGGCUACCCUUUUAUCAUAAAGGUGUGGUUGUGACAAUACUGUUUUCAUGCAUACAUCACCAUCAUACCGAAGGGUCUUGAUACGUUUCACAUUCUUUGUAACGUCACAUACAAUAUAGUCAAUUUUUGAAUCACUGGAAACAUGUAUUAAAAUAAAGCUGUAUCUGUGGUAGAAAUUGGCUACUACUUAAUGGUACUCAGUAUUACUCAGUGUUAUUUCUAGCAGGAAAAAAAGAACACCACAAUUCCCAAACUAUGGGUUGUGACCCCAUUUGGGUAGGAGUAGGGUCAGGGGACCCAUAGAAAUUCAGUCACUGCUGAAGGGCAUAGAGCAGAAGUGGAGAUGUAGUGCAAAAAGGACUGGGAAGUGCUUCUGUAUUUAAAAAUUAAGUGGGACUUUUUGGAAUGAAGCUAAAUGUGGCUACAAAGCAAGGAUUACAUCUUUGCUCUCUGAUAUUGCCAUGUGAGAACAAUGACUCAAAAAGGUCAAGCCCUUUCAUAUCUCAUCUGAAAGUUAGCACUUCCAGUCACAAGACUGCACCCCUUAAAAGCAUAAUGGGGUAUUGGCUCAUUACCCAAUAAAAGGAAAGACAGCUCAACAUCAUUUCAGGUAGUGUAGACGUGCUCCUCAGGGGUCUUCCAUUCAAUUACUGAGCAGUUCCCAUGCUGCUUUGCUUGUGAGAUUAUAAUAAAAGGCCACAUGGCAGGAGGCCAACUAUGCAAGGAGGAAGCCUCUUUGUAUUUUAAUACUUAAAAAAAUAAAUGAUUAAUAAAUAGAUUAAUAAAAAUAGAAACUGUAACAAACACGCAAAGCUUAUUAAUGGCUAAAAUGGAAGAGAAUGUUUUCCUUACCUUUUCUUUUGGAUUUGUUACUUCUUUUGCAAAAUACUUUUCCUACCAGUAUAUUAAAAAA